AUGUCCCAACUUGAGUUCAGUAAUAUUUUUAUCGAAGACACCGGAAUCCUCGAAAAUGGUUUCAUUAGAUUUACGGACUCUGGUCUACAGUUCAAAAACAAUAAAACUGGAAAAGUAUCGAACAUUGCGUCAGAUGAGAUUGAUGAUUUGAGAUGGCAAAGACUCGGAAAUAAGCCAGGCCUUCGUGUUGGUCUCAAUGAUGGCGAUUGUGUUCGAUUCGGAGGUUUUAAAGAUACGGAUUUCGAACAAGUCAAAUCUUUCACUAGCCAAAAUUGGUCGAAGAAUCUCGAACAAGUGGAAAUGGUUCUAAAAGGAUGGAAUUACGGAAAUUGUAAAGUUAAAGGAAAAUCAGUGGAAUUUAGCUGGGAAGACAAACCGAUUUUCGAAAUCCCGUGCUCAAACGUGUCGCAGUGCAUUGGAAAUAAAAAUGAAGCAACUUUGGAAUUUCAUCAAAAUGAUGAUUGUCCAGUAAGUCUUAUGGAAAUGAGGUUCCAUAUGCCAAUAAACGAUGAAGAAGAAGAUCAUGACCCCGUCGAGGAGUUCAAGCGAGCUGUUCUGGAGUUCGCUGGUCUUGAAACGGAAACCGGACAGGCGAUUGCCACACUUCAGGAGAUUUUGUGCACCACUCCACGUGGUCGUUACGAUAUCAAAAUUUAUCCAAAUCAUUUAUCGCUUCAUGGAAAAACAUACGAUUACAAGAUUCCGAUCAAGACAAUCACCAGAUUGUUCCUUGUUCCACAUAAGGACGGCCGACAUGUUUAUUUUGUGAUUUCAUUAAAUCCUCCAAUCCGACAAGGUCAAACCAGAUACAGUUAUCUCGUCCUUGAGUUUAUAAAAGACGAGGAUAUUGAUCUUGAACUUGGACUCACCGAAGAACAAAUCGAUGAACAAUAUGGUGGAAAAUUGGAACGUGAGAUGUCUGGAGCCCUUUACGAGAUCGUUUCGAAGCUUUUCCGCGUUCUUGUUAACAUGAAAAUUACUGUUCCAGGAACAUUUAUUGGUCAUUCUGGUACGCCGGCAAUUCAAGCUGCUCAUCGUCAAAAUCCGGGAUUGUUUUAUCCACUCGAGAAAGGUUUCUUGUACAUACACAAACCGCCGAUGUAUGUGCGUUACGAAGAAGUAAGCUCAGUUCAUUUCGCGCGAUCUGAUGGAGGAAAUGUUACUCGAACAUUUGAUUUUGAAAUUGAGCUGAAAAACGGACAAUCACUUCUGUUCAACUCCGUUGAAAAGGAAGAGUAUAAUAAGCUUUACGAUUAUGUGCAAAAUAAGCAUUUGCGAAUUCGUAAUGCUAAACGAAUGGAUGUCUACGCCGAAGAUAAGUUUGCGGGAAGUGAUGACGAAAUCGAUCCAUAUAAGGCAGCUGUUAAAGCCGAAGGACGUAUACGCGAUGAUGAAGAGAGCGAUGAUUCUGAUAGCGAAGACGAAGACUACGAUCUGGAUGCGGACUUGAAGAAACGUGAAAAGGAGAAAGAGUCAUCUGAAGGAAGUGGAUCUGAGCCAGACGAUGAAUAUGAUUCUGGAUCCGCAUCGGAUGAUUCUGGCACCGGAGAAUCCGAGCCUGAUGACGAAGUUCCAAAGAAGAAAAAACGAGAAGUAAAGGAAAAGAAGCCAAAGGAGGAGAAGGAAGGAAAAGGAAAGAAAGGAAAAGUUAAAAAGGAUCCAAACGCUCCAAAACGUCCUUCGACUGCAUUCAUGCUUUGGAUGAAUCAGAAUCGGUCAACUAUCAAAAAGGAUGGAGACUCAGUUGGUGAAACGGCAAAACGAGCCGGAGAAAUGUGGAAGACUCUUGAUUCUUCCGAGAAAAAGAAGUGGGAUGAGAAAGCCGCUGAAGACAAAGCCCGGUACGAGAGUGAGAUGAAGGAAUACAAGAAGAGCGGAUCUGCUGCUGCCUUUGCUGCUUCUUCGAGUUCUUCGAAACCUUCGACUUCCAGCGCAAAACCUAAGAAGAGUGUUGGACCGUCUCCAUCAAAAGCAAAAUCGAAAGAAUAUAUAUCGGAAAGUGAUGAUUCGGAUGAUGAAGAUGAAAAGCCGAAGAAGAAGGAGAAAAAGACUGUUGAGCCGGAAGAAAGCGAGCAGGAAUCGGAAGAUUCGGAUUCUGAUUAA